AGGCAACCCAUCAAACAUUAAUGUCAUCAAGAUUGUUUCACCCCGCUCCGACAUGCAACCGCUUUCACACCCUGCUAGGCGAGCGCGUUGGUUGGAGACUGAAGAGCCGCACAGCAUAUACGGAAACAGUGCAUUGCGCACCGAAUUCGGAUCCCAGUGUAUCCUACGUAGCUAACUCAGUUAAAAUAUAUCACUGUGUAGAAUAUAAUCAAUACAUUUCUGGGAGAACACGUUACUCUUUAUAAACAAAUUGGACUGUUGUUAUAACGAUCUUCUGGAUAAAGACUAUAACUACUGCCAAGCUGGCUUGGGUAUUGUACUGACUGGCGGCCAGUGCAUUUCCACCCAUCGUCAAGAUGCAUAUGAAUAGCUUAUUAAAUCAAUGGACAGACAUCACUCCCCACUCCAGGAUGUGUGACUGUGACGUGGACGUGUCCUCGGAGCCCACCAGCCCCAGGCUCUACGGUGAGUCCUCUGACAAAUACUGCCAUGUGGACCGCUGGCAGAAGCUCCGCACCGCUGUCCGCAAGCUGGAGUUCUGGGAGAACUUCACCGCCGAGCUCAUCGGGAGCGGCUUCUUCUCUAAAGUCUACAAGGUGAUUCACAGUACGAGCCAUAAGGUGAUGGUGGUGAAGAUCUAUAAGAAUGAUGUGGACCAGGAUAGCAUCGUGCGUGAGAUAAGCCUACUGCAGAAACUCUCCCAUCCCAACAUAGUCAGGUAUCUGGGGAUCUGUGUGAAGGAAGAUAAACUCUACCCUAUUUUAGAGUAUGUUAGUGGAGGAUGUCUGGAGGAGCUGUUGGCCAGGAAGGAUGUGUCUCUGUGCUGGAGGGAGAAGGUGGACCUGGCCUGUGACAUCACCAGGGGAAUGAUCUACCUGCACUACAAGAACAUCUACCACAGGGACCUCAACUCCAAGAACUGUCUGAUCCGUGUGACGGCGCGGGGCAGGGAGGCCCUGGUCACAGACUUUGGCCUGGCCAGAGAAGUGGUGGAGCUGCCGGUUAAAGACCCGGAUAGGAAGCUCUCCCUGGUGGGAUCUGCCUUCUGGAUGGCCCCAGAGAUGCUGCGUGGGGAACCCUACGAUCGCAAGGUGGAUGUAUUUUCCUUUGGAAUUAUGCUCUGUGAAAUACUGGCAAGGAUCCCUGCAGACCCAGAGAUUCUACCAAGAACCCAGGACUAUGGCCUGGAUGUGAGUGCGUUUAGGGAUCUGGUGAGCGGGUGUCCUCAGCGCGUGUUGGAGCUGGCAGCCAGCUGCUGUCUGAUGGAGUCCUUCAGGAGACCGGCAUUCACAGAGCUGCUGGAUGAACUGGGGGAGAUAGCUGAGACUCUGGAACCGCCCCCUAACCCGCCCCCUAACUCAGAGCUGACCACUGGGUGAGCUGCCUGGGUUGGCCGAAGCCCCACCCACCCACCCAUCUAUCCUGAGGAGGACUGGAGGACUUAUAUAGUGUAUGAUGUUUUACCAGGGCCUUGUGUUCUGGUCAAAAGUAGUGCACUAUAUAGGAAAUAGGGUGCCAUUUGGGACGCAACAAUAGACAGUUGCACAGGGUCAGGGGGCAGGGGCACAACACUUCACCAGGAUGACCUCUCUAUAGGGGCUGACCUCUCUGUUUGUGCCUAUCUACACCACACCUAAACUGCACCUACAGAUGUGUCGGUGGGUGGCUCCACAACUUUCAAAUGAGACACUGGUGGAUUGAUGGAUGGAAUAGACCGUAUGUAUCUUGAAGAGAGAGUUUCUUUGGAAGGUUUCUUUGAAUGCUUUAUUUGACCAGUUCACACACUUUGUGUACAGUUGAUUAUUUCACCUAGGUGAUAGAAGUUGGGCAUAUUUUUUUUUAAAGGCAUGUCUUUCCUUAAUUUACAUUUUCUUAAUCUUAAUCUCAUAUGCUGCUUUUUUGUUUAAAUGUGUUGUGUUGUUGUUGUUGUUAAUGUUAAUGACAGUGUUUAGUGAUGUAACUGAUGAUGAUGAGGAUAAAGAUCAUGAUGAUGGAGGAGGAUGAUGGUGAUGGAGGAGGAUGAUGGUG